CUUCGCCUUGAAGAAGACGGAAAGUUUCGGUACCAGCAUAUGCCCUUGGAAAAGUUUCUCGGGCUUCGCCGGCACGGUGCGUUCACCAUCGCUCACGACCUCGACCAUCGUGCCACGCCUCCCCCACCGCCGCCCUACCCGGAGCGACAAACUGCGCAUUUGUUUGCCGCUAGACCCUGGGUUUGGGGGAAGCAGGAGUACGAGCGCGCGUGGGAGCGGGAACAUGGGAUUAUGCUGGCACUGCACCGAAGGCAGGAUGCAGAGGUUUUUGCCGAGGCGCUGCAAGAGCGGCAAAGACAGCGUGCCGAAGAUACAAUUCUCCAAACCAACGCCAUGUUGGAGGACGAUUCCGUGCGCGAACGCGAUGAGGAGAGAUUGCGCCGCGCCAUCAAGGGUGGCUACCGGCACGUGAAGACCAAAUUUGUGAAGAGAAUAGGUAGUUUCAAAGCCUUCUCCAGCCGCGCGGAGCUCGAAGCGGCGGUCCUACCGUUUCGGAAGAUGCCUCUCGUUGCGGAUGGCGCGUCAAAAGUGCCUGAUGCUGCGUCGAAGCCAGAGCCUACCGCCCAAGAGGAGCGAGACAAGAUAGAAGACGUGUAUGGUCCCGUCGGUUACUGGAACGUGUCUCAGGUC